AUGGCUCAUCCAAUUCAUGAUGCAAAUGAGUACAGCCCUUAUGGAAACUUGACAAAAGAUGAGUUCUACCACAAGCACCACAUAUCCCACCAAGAAACCACCAUCAUCAACGCCCUCAACAUGAAAAUUUUCACCCAAUCCUGGCAGCCUGAUGAUGAAAAACUCAAAGGGCUUUUAGCCAUGAUCCAUGGCUACACCUCCGAGAGCAGCUGGAUCUUUGAACUCAAUGCCGUGGCCUUGGCGAAAGCCGGAUUCGUCGUCUACGCACUUGACCUCCAAGGCCAUGGCUUCUCAGAAGGCCCCCCUGAUCACAUCCCUGAUAUCCACCCUUUACUCCUUGAUUGCCUCCAGUUUUUCGACUCGGCCCGGGCCCGCCAUCCUAAGCUCCCUCAUUUCCUCUACGGCGAAUCCUUAGGCGGCGCCAUCGCCAUUCUCAUGUGCCUCCAGCAGAAAACAGCCUGGAAAGGCCUCAUCUUGAGUGGCCCUAUGUGUGAAGUCUCCAGGAAAUUCAAACCCGUCUGGCCCCUGGAAAAAUUCCUCCCCCUGGCAGCUUUCAUCGCCCCGACCUGGAGAAUUUCCAUCACCAGGCCUCCUGCUUGCAGAUCGUACAGAGAGAAUUGGAAGAGGAGGCUAGUUGAGAGAAGCCCCAAUCGACGAACCUGUGGCCGCGCCACCGCCGCCACGGCGCUGCAGCUGAUCAAAGUGUGCGAUCACAUUAAGAGAAACGGCCAUCAACUGGAAGUGGCGCUGCUCAUACUGCACGGCGGGGAUGACAUGAUUUGCGAUCCUCAAGGAGCUCGACGCCUCUAUGAAUCUGCAGCCAGCAAAGAUAAGAGCUUGAAGAUCUUUCCAGGCAUGUGGCAUCAGCUCAUCGGCGAGCCCAACCACAGCGUUCAAAGGGUUUUCAAUACUGUCCAAUCUUGGAUACAAAUCAGAGCUGAUUUGAGCAACGCAGACAACAAUUGA